GUCUCUGGGGAGCUGCCGGCUGCCUGGGGGCUACGCUCUCCUGGCUGUGUGAAGCCCUCCCUGGGCAGCCGGGCCGCAUGGCACUGGGGGGCUUCAAGGGCUCCUGGCUGGCCUUCCACGUGGGCAUCGUGACCGGCUUCAUCAGCACCUUCUACUUGCUCAAUGGCCUGCUCUGGCCGCAGCCCCCGGGCCCCGAGAGCCAGACGCCCCACCCUGACGCCUGGGUCGUCCAGCACCCAGCGCUCCUCAGCGCUGGCCACCCGCACCUCUCAGGGGAGGUCAGCACGACUGCGGCCGAGCUGUACAGCAAGGUGCGGAUCCUGUGCUGGGUCAUGACGGGCCCCAGCAACCUGGAGACCAAGGCCCGGCACGUCCAGGCCACGUGGGCGCGGCACUGCAAUGUGGUGCUGUUCAUGAGUUCGGUGCAGGACGACGGCUUCCCCGCCGUGGGGCUGGACACUAAGGAAGGCCGGGACCAGCUGUACUGGAAAACUAUCCGGGCCUUCCAGUACGUCCACCAGCACCACCUGGAGCAGGCCGACUGGUUCCUCAAGGCGGACGACGACACCUUCGUGGUGCUGGACAACCUGCGCUGGCUGCUGGCCAACCACACGCCUGAGGAGCCCGUCUACUUCGGGAAGCGCUUCAAGCCCUACGCCAAGCAGGGCUACAUGAGUGGCGGGGCCGGCUACGUCCUCAGCAAGGAGGCCCUAAGGCGCUUUGUGGAGGGCUUCAGGACCCAGGUGUGCAGCCACACCACCUCGGUGGAGGACCUGGCCUUGGGCCAGUGCAUGGAGAAGAUGGGGGUGCGGGCGGGGGACUCCCGGGACGCCGCUGGGCGGGAGACUUUCCACCCCUUUGGGCCCGAAUCCCACCUCACCGGGAAGUUCUCCAAGAGCUUCUGGUACUGGAAGUACUGCUACUAUCCCAUCGUGGAGGGCCCCCAGUGCUGCUCCGACCUGGCCAUCUCCUUCCACUACGUGAACCCCGAGCUUAUGUAUACCCUGGAGUUCCUGACCUACCACCUGCGGGCCUAUGGUUACCGCUACCGCUACCAGCCGCCCCUGCCGGAGAACGCCGCUCGCCUGCUGCAGCGCCAGGGCUGGCCGAAGGCGGCCAACGCUACGCUGCUGGUGCAGGGCACCAAGAAACUGUAGUGGGGCUGGGAGGAGGCGGUCGGUCCGGGAUCGGGCUCUGUGCCUGAUGUGGGGCUGGCGUCCUGGGCGAGCCAUGGCCAGGAGCCACGGCCACGUGGCAGCCCCUGAACUGGAUGAUGGAGGGGGCUGUCUCGGGCUAGCUGCCAUCCCAGUUGGCACUAACUGCCCCCCUUGCUGGUAGAGGGGCAGAGGGACCCCCCAUAGAGGGUCCUCUCCAGGGCAGGGGCAGGCCUGGGGUGAGGGGUUCAGCCUCCUGGCCCGUGUCUCUGAUGCCACGCUCCUGCCCUGGCCCCAUCCAACAGACCCAAUCCCUAGGAGAUGCCCGGAGCCCAACCAAUGGUGACUUGGGGAAGGGGAGGCUGGAGCUACAUUUGGUGGUGAGGGAGGGUCCUCGCACCCUCCCCUCCCCUCCCUCCACAGUCAAUAGGGCAGGGUCACAAGGCACAGGGAAGAUGAGGCAGGUAGUCCAGGCCACUGAGGGGCCUUUCGGGCUCUGUCUGAUGGGCCCUUCCAGGAGGGGAUGAGUCUGGAUCAGUCCAUGGAAGGCUUUAUAAUGGGGGCAGCAGCCAUCUUCCCUCCCCCCCCCCACUGCCCAGGGGGGCCUGAAGGGUGUGAGGUCUGAGGAAGGCACAUGGGGGAAAGGAAGCGGGCAGGUUUCCCAUUGUGGGGGGAGGGGGAGGAGCUGAGAAGCCAUGAUGAGGGGCACAUGGGGUGGCAUGUGAUGGUGGCGGCAAGCAGUUCUGGGAGCAGGGUCUGGCUGGGCUGGAGAGAGGCCCUUGGCAGUGGGGACGAAGGGGUGGGCGGGCAUGCGAGAGGCAGAAGCGCUGCCCUUGGCUAGAGGUGCACGGCGCCCAACCAAUCGCAAAUUGUGGGUGGAGAAAAACCCCGUGGCAAGCCACGGUCAAUACCACUAAAUGGCGAGGGGGCCAAGGGUGAUACCACCGCCUCCAGGUUUGGCUGGAGCCCUGCCACGGAUCAGUCCACUGCAUGGGGAGGGGGCCAUGGGCAAUACCACCACAGGCUGAGCUGGAGCCCUGCCACAGAUCGUACCACUAUGGGUGAGCAGGCCAUGGAUCAUACCACUGCAUGGUGAGGGGGCUAUGGCCGAUACCACUGCCAGCUAAGCUGGAGUGCUGCCAGGGAUCAGACCACUGCAGAGUUAGGGGGCCACAGGCUGAGCUGGAGCCCUGCCACGGAUCAUACCACUGCACGGCAAGCAGGCAAUAGAUUGUACCACUGUUGGGUGAUGGGGCCAAGGAUCGUACCACUUUGGGGUGAGCAGGAACCCCGCAGCAGAUGGCACCACUUCACAGCUCACACGUGGCUUGUGAAAUGCCCGUGGCAGCCCCCUCCCCCCCCCCGUGGUGCACUGGAGCAGGGGGUCUCAUCACUGUCCUCAUGGGAGAAUCAAGGGGCGAAUUGGGCUUUGGGGUGAAUAAACGCUGCUUUGGUUUUUGUAAAGAAA